AUGGCCACGCUCGCUGAACUCGCGCCCUCCCCGCCGCACUCGCCCAGUCUCGCCAUGCGACGCAAGAGCUGGGCCCGCCGCUGCGAGCGCUAUUGCUGCAAUGUCGUCUCCUACUUCCCGCUAUGCAUUGUCUACGGCCUCACCACCUGGGCUGUGUGGGUGGCGUACAAGAUCGGCGUGCAGGAGAAGCUCAGCACAUCCAAAGAUUACUUCUUUGCCUGGGUGGCUAUGAUCCUCUAUGCCAUGCUCAAUUGGUGCUACACCACAGCCGUCUUCACGGACCCCGGCUCGCCCAUCGACCAGACCAGAGGAGGCUACGCCUCGCUGCCCACCCAGGAGCUGUCGCGCCCGUAUACCUCGUUCACCGUCAAGUCCAACGGCGAGCUGCGCUACUGCAAGAAGUGCCAGACCAAGAAGCCGGACCGCGCCCACCACUGCUCGACCUGCAAACGCUGCGUGCUGAAGAUGGACCACCACUGCCCGUGGCUAGCCGCCUGCAUCGGCCUUAGGAAUUACAAGCCCUUCCUGCUGUUCCUGACCUACCUGUCGCUGUUCUGCUGGGCCUGCUUCGCGCUGUCGGGCAUUUGGUGCUGGAAGGAGUUCACAACCGACCAGUAUAUGGACACCCUGACGCCCGUCAACUACAUCGUGCUGGCCGUUAUCUCGGGCAUCGUUGGCCUGGUCAUCACCGGCUUCACCGUCUGGCACGUCAUGCUGGCCGCCCGUAACAUGACAACCAUCGAGAGUCUGGAGAAGACGCGGUACCUGUCGCCGCUGCGCAAGUCGAUGCAGCAGCACUUCAACAACCAGGGCCAGCGCCACUACGUCGACUCAGCCGAUGGCGGCCAUCCCAGCAUCGGCGAUCAGCUCAUGGAGAUCCACGCCAACGCACUGCCCGGAGUGACGCGGCCGGAAGAGGGCGAGGACUACCGACGAGCGGGGUCGCCCGCACAACGAUCGCUGCAACGCAACUGGGCAGACCUGGAAGCGGCGCGCGAGCGCGAGCGCUACGACGAGUACCUGGACGAGCUGGACUCGGAGAAGCUGCCCAACGCCUUCGACCUAGGCUGGCGGCGCAACCUGCGGCACGUCAUGGGCGAGAACCCGUGGCUGUGGGCGCUGCCCAUCUGCAACACGACCGGCGACGGCUGGCGCUGGGACGCCAGCCCGCGCUGGGUCGAGGCGCGCGAGCGCAUCGCCGAGGAGCGCUUCACGCAGAUGCAGCGCCAGAAGGACCGCGAGCGCGCCGCCGGCUGGGGCGUGCCCGACUCGCCGCCCCAGCGCUCGUCCUCCCCGCCCACCUACACCAACCGCAACUCCCGCUUCCUCACUACCAGCAACGGCGUCGCCACCGUCCCGCGCGAGGGCCGCCGCAGCCCCGGCAAGGCCGACGCCAUCCUCGGCCGCGCCCCGGGCCUGUACUCGGACGACCCGGGCAUGGUCGGCGGCGGCGUGCCCAUGCAGUACAUGCCCAGCCGCGGCGGCCGCGCGCGCGCUUCGUACGACGACCUGGACGACUUUGACGACGACGACGAUGAUGACGACGAUGACGAGGAGGAUGAGGAGGACGAGUACGACGAGAGCAGCGACGAGGCUGAGGACAAGGUCAAGAAGAAGAACAGGAAAGCGAGCAACGGCGGCCUCAUCAACGGUACCAACGGCGUCAACGGCACCUCUUCUUCUUCAUCAUCCACCUCGGCCGUUCCCGAGAUCAAGACGGAGAACUGGAAUGACCUACCGGCGGAGAUGGUCGGGGGAAGGACGAGGAGAGGGCCAACGGCGAAGAGGCCGGUCAAGAAGACGGUAGCGGCGAAGAAGGCGGAGGAUGAGUGGCAAGAAUGGGGACCGAAGUAA